AUGGUUCUAACUUUGUGGAAUGUCCGUUCAAAAUUCUCAGAAAAUCCUGACCUGAUCGAAGCUUAUGUUGAGUUAAGUAGUUUUUGCACAUUCAAGAUUCACCAUGGGGGUAUGUUCACAAAAUACCCAGGAAGACGUUACGUUGGUGGGAGUAUUGACUAUGUUGACUACGUAGACAUGGACGUGUUCUCCGUACAUGAGUUAGACGAUAUGAUGAAGGAGAUAGGUUAUAUCAACGGUGAGCCUAUCUACUACCACUUCUUGAUUCCAGAGAUUGAAAUCGAUUAUGGGUUACUUCCUUUAGGUAAUGACUCAGACGUACUUUUGUUAAGUAAGCAUGUCGCUAAUCAUAAAGAGAUUAUGGUGUAUACUGAACAUGGAACUACUAGACUCCAUACAUACUUUAUGUCUCCAAAUCAGGUCGUAUUGGAAGAAAUCAAUGAGCCUAUUUCUCCGGAACUCAAUCGAAAAAAGUUUACAAGUACAGAGGUAGGAUCAUGUAGUAGAAAAUUGGACUUGAAUGAGAACUAUGACUUUUCUAGGUCUGUUGUACCUUUUGGACAUUUUGAUAGAGAUGUAUUGAAAGAUGUUGGAUUUCAGCCUGCAAGUGAGGAGCUUAACAAAGCCCAAGAUGUUGGACCUUCAAAAGACUUUGAUCCUUUCUUUUAUAUGGAUCAUAAUGAUUACCAACAGAUGGGGGACGAUGAUUACCAACAGAUGGGGGACAAUGAAGAAAUUGGAGAUGCUAUUAGUGAUGAGACUAGUACCAAUGGAAGUGCAAGCGAGGAUAGUGACUUUUUAGUGGAUGAACUUAAUAUGGUGGAGGAUGUCGAAGUGAAUAUGAAAGACUUCCACAGUGGUGUUUAUUCUUUUCCAAAUCUAGAUAACCACCAAUCAUUCAAUGCACCUGAUGUCAUAGUUGAUGACGAUUUGGAGGUGAUAGAUACACAGUUGUUUGAAUCAGCUGGUGUAGAAGAAGAUGAGAGGAAGAAGUUAAUGAGAAGGUUAAACAAACCAACCACGUGUUCAUCAGGAGUAGUACAUGAAACUGCAUUCUAUCUGGGUCAAAUAUUUAAGUCCUCAUCAGAAGCGAAGGACUACAUUAAAAUGCAUUCAAUUCGAACUAGGAGAAACAUUUAUUUUGCAAAAAAUGAUAAACAAAGAAUUAGGGCAAAAUGCAGGGGUGUGGUCCCAGAAAUGACAGAUUUUAACAAGUUCAAUUCAAAGGCAUGUGAUUGGUUAAAGAAAAUUCCACCCAAACAUUGGGCCAGAGCACAUAUUUCAGGAAGAGCACAUACAGAUAUUUUGUUGAAUAAUUUAUGUGAAGUUUUCAACUCAAAGUUGUUAGAUGCUCGAGACAAACCUAUAAUUACAUGUUUAGAAUAUAUUAGGGAAUACUUAAUGAAACGAAUUUGUAUUGUGCAAAAUGUGAUAGAUAAGUCUCAAGGGCCUCUUACCCCAACAGCCACAAAACUUUUAGAUGGAGUUAAGAAACAUGCUUCUCAAUACACUUGCAUAUUUAAUGGUGCUGAGAAGACUCAAGUUACUGGGACAAUGGGGGAACAAUUUGUGGUUGAGCAUGGGGCAAAAAAUGUCCCACCUCUUGAGGAGUGGGUACAUCCAUGUUAUAGGUUAAGCACAUGGAAUGAAAUGUACAAGUACAAAGUUCAACCAAUCAAUGGAAGAAGUAUGUGGCCAAAGUCAGAUUGCCCCACAACACUAACACCCCCCAAACAUACUAAACAGGUAGGGAGACCAAAAAAGAAGAGAAAGAGAGCUCAAACUGAAGAACCAAAUAAUCAAGGUAAAAGUUUGACCAGGAAGUUCCUUACAGUUACUUGUAGCAAAUGCAAGAACAAGGGUCACAACUCUAGGAGUUGCAAGGGACAAGGGGGACAAACUGAAGUUAGAAAUAUGGUGGCAGGGGCAAGAAGCUUAGCAAGGCAAAGAAGCAGGGAGAUGGAAAAAAGGAUAAAUCCAAAAUGA